CCAAAACUAUCGGCGGCUCGGUCGCCAGCGGCCGGGCGAUAGUGGGGGAACAGAAGGUGUCGUCUCGAGAAUCGGCCCGAAAUAUGCAACUAAUUCCGAGCUCUGAGGUAAAGUAUAAAGAUGAUAUCGUUAUUUCUGGCAUCGCCGGUAGAUUUCCUAAAUCUGACAAUAUUAGCCAGCUUCAAGAAAAUCUAUUUAACAAAAUGGAUCUUGGAUCAGAUGAGGAACGACGAUGGAAUCAUGGUCAUCCAGAUCUACCUCAACGUAUGGGACUGAUUAAUAAUUGCGAGAAAUUUGAUGCAGAUUAUUUUGAAAUUCCCUUCAACAAAGUCCAUAUCAUGGAUCCUCAGAGUAAGAUGCUCAUGGAGCAUACGUAUGAAGCUAUCGUCGAUGCAGGAAUAAAUCCGAAAGAUUUAUCUGGAACAAAUACUGGAAUUUUUAUCGGAAUGUGCUUUUCGGAGGCGGAGAAGACUUGGUUUUAUGAAAAAGUACAGAUAGCUGGCGAUGCAGCUUUUGGAUGUUCCAAGUCUAUGUUCGCAAAUCGAAUGUCUCACUGGUUAAAUAUAACAGGACCAUCUCACAUAAUCGAUUCCGCCUGUAGCUCAAGUCUCUUCGCUUUAGAGUCCGCUUAUAGAAGUAUCCGGUCAGGGCAGUGUAACGCCGCCAUUGUCGGCGAUGUAAAUCUCUGCCUGAAUCCUUAUCUAGCUUUGGAGUUUGCGCGAAUUUUAGCACCUGACGGAUUCUGCAAACCUUUUACCAACGAUGCAAACGGUUACAUGUGUAGCGAGACAAUCGGAGUCGCUCUUUUACAAAAAGCAAAGGUGGCUAAGAGAAUUUAUGCAACCGUCAUCUACGCGAAAACUAAUUGUGAUGGAUACAAGGAACAAGGCAUUACUUUCCCGUCGAGCAAAAUGCAGCAAACUUUACUGGAAGAGUUUUACAAUGAAUGCGGUAUUUCACCGACUUGCUUAGGCUACAUGGAGGCUCACGGCACCGGCACUUAUGUUAACAAUCCAGAAGAAAUCAAUGCACUCGAGCAGUUUAAAUAA